UUUCAUCUUACGUGAGCGGAAGCAGUCUCGUCGACGAACUUGAUAUUUUAAAAAAGUGUACUGAUUAUAAUAAUAAACUGUAAUAAAAAUGAAACAUGAACAGAAUGGCAACUCCAAUGGCCAAUGCGAUGAUGAGUCCAUCACCGAGCCGGAGCAUAUGAGAAAGUUGUUCAUUGGUGGUCUGGAUUACCGCACCACCGAUGAAAAUUUAAAGGCGCACUUUGAAAAAUGGGGCCAAAUCGUAGAUGUGGUUGUGAUGAAAGAUCCCCGUACGAAACGCUCGCGCGGUUUUGGCUUCAUCACGUACUCGCAUUCGACCAUGGUGGAUGAAGCUCAAAAGGCACGUCCGCACAAAAUCGACGGCCGCGUGGUUGAGCCUAAACGUGCGGUACCGCGUCAAGAUAUUGAUUCACCUAAUGCUGGUGCAACGGUGAAGAAGCUUUUUGUGGGCGCACUAAAGGAUGAUCAUGAUGAGCAGAGUUUGCGUGAUUACUUCCAACAUUUUGGCAAUAUUGUUGACAUAAAUAUUGUCAUGGAUAAGGAGACAGGCAAAAAACGUGGCUUUGCCUUUGUUGAGUUUGACGACUACGAUCCCGUGGAUAAAGUUGUGUUACAAAAACAACACCAACUUUGUGGCAAAAUGGUGGAUGUAAAGAAAGCCCUGCCAAAGUCAAAUGAUAUGGGUGGUGGUGGCGGUAAUCGCGGACAAGGUGGUGGCCGCGGAGGUGGUGGCGGCAAUCGGGGUGGAAGUAUGGGUGGUGGUAACAUGGGCGGCGGUGGUAACUUCGGUAACCAGAAUGGAAACUGGGGAAAUCGUGGUGGCAGCGAUAAUUGGGGAAAUAAUAACUUUGGCGGUGGAUAUGGCGGCAACAAUGGCGGUGGCAGCAACAACUGCUGGGGUAAUAACGGACCUUGGGAUAACAAUUGGGGCAAUAACGGUGGCAACUUUGGCGGCGGCGGCGGUGGUGGCGGCGGCAAUUGGGGUAACAACAGUGGUGGUGGCAAUGAUUUUGGCAACUAUCAACAAAGCUACAGCGGCGGUCCACAACGCGGCGGCAAUUUCAGCAACAGUCGCAUGCAACCAUAUCAAAGUGGUGGCAACUUUAACAAAGCAGGUGGUAAUUUAGCAGUGGCUCAGACUCAGUUUAUGCCCGAAAAUCAAAGUCAAGUAAACGCGAAAUAUAUGAACCACAAUACAUAAGCUGCCUAAGAAGAAGUUUUCCCAAGAACAACAUAACAAUAUCUUGACAGAAGUAAAUAUCAGGAUCAGUGCAGUGCAGAGCAGAGCAGUGUCAGUCAAAUUCAGUACAAGUACAGAGCAGAGGCAAUGUGUGUGUGUGCGUGUGUGUAUGUGUUAGUGGUGCGUUUUUAUGGUUAAGAGCGAUCAGAAGAGCAGGCGCAGCAUCAGCCAUCAGCAUCAGAGCAGAAAUAUUAAAGAUAUACAUAAGAGCAUCGCGAUCCUCACACACAUAUAUACACACACGCGCGCAUCAAGCAGUACACGUACACACAUCAGCUGGCCAGGAUUCGAUCUUAAUUUUGCACAGUUAUGAUACGAUACUAUAUACGAUACUUUAUAUACCACACCACCAUCACUUCAAACUUAUAUAUCAAUAGCAUUAUAAACAUAUUUUAUAUAGAAAACGUCCCCAAUAAGCAUAUUGUAACAUAGCAUGUGUCAUAUAUAAGUUCAGUUGAAAUCGAAAAAAAAAAAAAAGAAAACAGGAAUUUUAUGUAUCCCCCUUCGUGAAAGCUUAAUUUAAAAAAGCAACAAUCUAGCAAAAGAAAUUAUACACUUAUAUCUAGUAUAUUACUUAAAUUUAUAAACUUCAAGGCGGCAAUCGAAAAUUUUGUAGCCCACCCUCAUAAAUGGUUGAAGCUGGUUGCCGUCUACAAUUUCUGAUAAUCAGUGCAAAAACAACACAUGUAUUAAUAUUAUCUUCUCUAAGCUUAAGUUUCAGUAAUUUUAAAUGAAUAGAGCGCGCGCGAUCUCUAGUUUUUCAAGAGUCGUGCGCCAUCUUAGCAUUAAUAAUCAUAAAUAAUAUUAUGUAUUUU